GAGGAUGUUGAGUGGUAGAGGAAAACAGACCGAGCAUAGACCUGAAAAUGAUUACUCCUGGAAUCUAUGUUUCCGAAUAGGGAUGUUACUCAAAUUGUAGUUUGAAUAAUACUUAGGCAGCGGGUUUGUCCGAUAGUUAUUUGUUUCCAGCAUCGCUUCCGUUAUCUUUCAAUGUUUUGGGUGUUUCUUAGUCAUUCUGGGGUUAAUUCCACUAUGAUCUGUUUGCGAUGUGCUUGUGGUGAGUCAAGCUUAGGAUAGUUGGCUCAGUGAUUUACACAGUAGGCUGUUGGAAAAGGAGUACCUUCAAAAGUAAAGUAUGGAUCUAAAGUCCAGUUUUCAAGGUUUUGGUGUUUCUGUGGUGGACUCCAGGAGGAGGUGGGCAGCAGCAGCAGGUGAUCAUUAGCUUUUUCCUGGGGCGCAGAUGGGAUACAUCAGACUUCAGAUAGGGCCUGGCUGGGAGAGGGAGUGAGAAUGGACAACCUUUCCGACUUUGGGUCCCUAUGUCCGUCCAGCAGGAGGGAAUGGGACACCAGCAGCUGUGUGGACGAUUUGAUGGACGAAGAUGAUAAAGACAGGGCAAAAAGGGCAUCUCGGAACAAAUCAGAAAAGAAAAGAAGAGACCAAUUCAAUGUGCUCAUCAAGGAGCUAUGCACCAUGCUGCAGGGCCAAGGCCAUCCACGCAAGAUGGACAAGUCUACCAUACUGCAGAGAACUAUUGACUUCCUGCAGAAACAGAAAGAAAUCACAGCACAGACAGAGUCAUGUGAGAUCCGGCAGGACUGGAAGCCUUCGUUCCUUAGUAAUGAGGAGUUCACCCAGUUGAUGCUGGAGGCUUUAGACGGUUUCCUCAUAGCACUAACUACAGAUGGAAACAUUAUAUAUGUGUCCGACAGUGUGUCUUCACUCAUUGGCCAUUUACCGUCAGAUAUGGUGGACCAAAAUAUCUUGAACUUCCUCCAUGAGCGUGAGCAUGGGGAGGUCUAUAAGCUGCUAUCAUCCCACAUGCUGAUGACUGACCCCAUCUCUGCUGACAUCCUGGACAGUAAGACACACAUUGAGUUCUGCUGUCAUUUAGCCAGAGGAAACAGCCACCCAAAAGAACCGCCUACAUAUGAGUAUGUUAAAUUUGUCGGAGAUUUGAAGUUUCAUAACAAUGUGCCUACAUCUUCUUGUAACGGGUUUGAUUUGACAUUACCAAGAACCCUGCCGUCAUCGUUGGAAGAGCAGGUCUGCCUUGUUGCCACUGUACGAUUAGUCACUCCUCAAUUUUUAAAGGAUUUGUGUAAUGUGGAAGGUCCCUGUGAUGAAUUCACAUCCAGACACAGCCUUGAAUGGAAGUUCCUGUUCUUAGAUCACAGAGCUUCACCAAUCAUCGGGUACUUGCCCUUUGAGGUUCUUGGGACUUCUGGUUACGAUUACUAUCAUGUGGAUGACUUGGAGCUUAUAGCGCGGUGUCAUAAGCAAUUAAUGCAGUUUGGGAAGGGUAAAUCCUGCUACUAUCGGUUUCUAAGCAAGGGUCAGCAGUGGAUCUGGCUCCAGACACACUACUUCAUUACAUACCACCAGUGGAACUCCAAGCCAGAGUUCAUAGUGUGCACUCACACAGUCGUCAGUUAUGCGGAGGUGCGAGCGGAGAGGAGGAGAGAGUUUGGCUUGGAGGAGACGUCCCCUGACAUGGCCACUUCGUCACCCAUGAAGGCUCAGGAGGUGUACCUGGACAUCUGUCCCAAUCUGGACCCCUCCGGACUGGACAGGACGAGCGGGGCACGCUCAGUGUCCUCCCACAGCUCCCGGAAGUCCUCCCACACGGCCCUGUCCGACACGGCAUCAGCCAACUCAUCUUUGCGGUACACAGAUGCUUGCACACCAUCACGGCAGUCUGCAUCCAUCGCUGGGACAGAGAAGAAUUUGUCCAGACUCGCACCCAGUAGUGCAAAGUUGCAGCAACAACAACAGAAGCCACAGCAGCAGCAACAGUCCAUGUACCAGCAGCAGCCUCCUGAGCCUCAGCUAGGUGUCAUGCACCAGCUCAAGGAGCAGCUGGAGGAGAGGACACGCAUCCUGCAGAUGGACAUCAAGACUCAGCAACAGGAGCUGCAUGACAUCAAGGAGAAGCUGCAGCUGGCUAACCUCCAGAUGUUGUUACAGCAGCCGGUCCACAGUGACUUUGGCCAGGUCCAACAGCAGCAGCAACAGCCUCAGCAUCAGGGUCCAGGGAGGCCAGCCCAGCAGCAGCAGCAGGCCCAGUCUGGGGUGAUCAGGCAGGCUUCGAGCCACUCCAAACAGCCUCUUCAUGGAGCCCACGGCUCGUCCCCUCACUCUCUCCUCACAGAGCACAGCACACCCUCCCCUCAGGUGCAGCAGAGGUUGAUAAGGAGUGCAGGCGGGCAGAUGCAGGCAGUCAGUCUCCCGGUGCAGACCCAUGCCAACUUAACCAUGCCCUUCUACAGCAACCCCAUGAUGUUCUCUCAGCAGACAACCACACAGGCACUGCAGGACGUAAACCAAAGACACUCAGACUCUGAGUUUAGCCAAGAGAGACAGCUACGCAUGCUGCUCAACCAGCCAGUGCAGACACUCGUACCUGAUAGCCGUGUUAGCUCCCAGGCUUCCCAGUGCAACACAGCCAUCCAGCAAACCAAAUACACCCUGGAGCAGCAGAUGAUGACCCCGUCGUUUCCCAUGCAGCAUGUGAACUGCAACGCUGUCCUGGUCCCCUCUCCCGUCUUCACGUCCUCUAUCAUGAUCCCUCACAACAGCUUUAUCACGCACCAGGCCCAGCCCACCUACCAUGCUCAGCAGCAGGCCUGCCAGCACUCUCUGCAGCUGCAGCAGCCCCAGCAGUUCUUUCAGAUGCAGCCCCAAGGACUCUUACACAGUGGAACUACUCAGGCUUUUUUCCACGCUACUAAUGUCCCACAGCAAGGUACUGUCAGUUAUAUUCAACAACAACCGCAGCAACAACAACAACCGCAACAACAGCAGCAACAACAGCAGCAACAGCGGCAACACCACCAUUCCCAAAACCAGUCUGGCAGCCUUUCAGACUUCCGAAAUAUGCUCACUCAGUAGCACCGAAGACGCAAACAGAGUGGUGAGAUAUCUUCUGAAACGUAUUGUUACAGGUUUGGUGGCAGAAUUCUAUGGGAUGCAUAGAAGACACAGCGAGGCAUAUUUGGUCCCAUGCUGUGCUGUGUUCUUCACUGUUAAAGAAGCCGUUGUGGGUUUUUUUACACAGCAAAAACAAAACGUGAAAAUGAUAAUAUUCGCUGCAGCAACAUCUCUGUCCCACUCAAUAUAUAAUAAUAAUAAUAAUAUAUGCCAUUUAGCUGACGCUUUUAUCCAAAGCGACUUACAGUCAUGUGUGCAUACAUUCUACGUAUGGGUGGUCCCGGGAAUCGAACCCACAACCCUGGCGUUACAAGCGCCAUGCUCUACCAACUGAGCCACAGAAGGACCACUGUGCUACUGGAGGCCAUGCUUACUCAUCAUAUUUCAUCAUGACACUGCUGGAUGGAAAAAAAACUAUCAAAGUAAUCAACAUGAAAACCGUGCUGCUGUGUGUUUUCAUGCAGAUGUGUUUUCAACAAAAAGAGAGAUUGUUAGGUGAGCCUUGUUGUGCACUGACUGCACUGUGGUCAUACCAUCUGUCCUCUUGUUUCCAGAGAGUAAACACAUGCAGUGAGCAUUUACUCCUUCAAAGUUGCAUCUUCAUUUCACAUGAAAAACACUUGUCUGUAGGUUAUGGUUUUGCUGUGCAUACAUAUAUUUGUUUUGACAUAGGAAGACUAUUACGAAACAGUAGUUUCAACGAAACAUAAAGGAAGGGGUUCAUUUUGAUGUUGGACGUGUCGUCUUUUCAUCAAACAUUCAAUCAGCCACUCCCAGACAUAGUUGAUAUCAUUAUUAAACACUGAAGUAUAUUCACCACUCAACACUAUUAGUCCAUGUUUGGGGGAAAAAUAUUUUGCAUGACUGACACAGCAACAAAUGCCCUCAUACAAUUACUAUUAUUUUCAUUAUAGAAUCAAAUAUUUAGACAUGAUUUUUUUCUAAAAGUGAACAAUAGUACCAAUUAGUUAUGGCAACUUUUGUAUUCAAUAAUUCAUAAAAAUCAAGCUUCAUAUUCUUUAUCCACACCUUAAUGGAAAGAGCAAACAUUAUUAGUAGACUACCAUAGCAUGUUUGUUUGUUUAUCAUACAUUUCUAAACAAAUUUAAGCUGUUCUACUGGGUGCGUUUUUAAUCAGGCAUUGAAAGAUAAGUCAAUAAGGUCUUAAAUGCAUUAACAGCUACUAACAGCACAGUAACAGUAGUUUGUUGCCCAAAUCACCUAAGAACUAAUUGUUUUGUAUCAAGUGUAACAGAUGCUGCAAUGAUUAGGAAGACAUCACUAAUAUAUUGUAGUUGUCUUACAUUGAUUAUGUAUACUUUCAUAACGUAAUUCUUUUCUCAGGUUAUUUGUGGAAACAAAUAUUCUCAGUAUUACAUUAACAAUUUGUACUUUUCAUAAUUUGUUGGUUACAGUUGAAUUGUCUAUAUUUGGUAAUCUUUGCAAUUCAGCAGAAUGUUGUUGAUUUUUGGACUAUAGAGACUAGAAGUGUAUUUAUCCAUGAAUGAGUAAUUAUGUCCAUACACUGGUGAUUUUAGGAAUACUGGGUAUGAAGAAAAUACUAACCAGAGACAAAUGGCCUGCUAAUGUAAAUGACAAUCAAACUGACCACUUAAAAUAAUACUACGUAUUUCCUAUUUACUUUUUUUUCUUCAAGUUCCAUAAGUUUUCCCCAAAUAACUACAACAGUAGGUAUCUGACUUGAGUUGCCCUACCCCCAUUAGAUAUUGUAAUAUUUGAAUGGGAAAGUCCUACUGUGAAACACUUAUAUCCUGUCAAACAAAGAGGGAAAUGUAUGCCUCAAUUUCCCUUUACACUCACUAGCCAUAACAAAAUGGAACAACAUAUUGGAAUUCUAAUCAAAACUAAAUGUGCCAUUUCACAUGAAGUGAAGGUUGAAAUGCAUUGUGGAGUGAUAAGAAUCUUAAAUUGUACAACGUUUAUGACAAUCCUACCAAUCUCUGCUGUGGACAUUGAGUCGCUAUCACUUCAUCGGUUACAGUCACUCUCACGAAGACUGGUGCUGUUCAUCUUGGUUGAAGAGAUCAAACAAAGUUCUAGAAUUCUUAUAGUAUGUGUCGUUUUAAUUUAGAAGAAAUUAUUUAUGCUGUUGAAAUUAUGCUUCUAGGCAAGUAUGUACUCAUGUAAAAAAAAGAGAAAAAAAAGAGAUAUAGUUGAUAACUAUAAACUAAUGUACUAUGUGAAUUAAAUGGAAAUAUCUUUAACAUUCCUUCAACCAUGAAUAUCAGCAGUAUCUUUACUGAGGUACAGCUUGUAUCUGCUGAAGACUUUGUUAGAAUGGCUUAAUCUACACUAAAGACUCAGGUCAACUUUUCUCAGAGUGAUGCUGGCAUCAGGAAAGGGGGCCAUAUUAGAUUCAGUAAAAACUUGUUGGCCUCUUGCUGGGGUCAGCCCAACAUAAACAUUGUUUUAAGCGAUAUGAGGAACACAUUGUUUCAACAUAGUUUUACUGUGUCAGUUUGUUAUUACUCUAAAGACACAACAGUGACUCUAUUCAAGACCUAGAUGCAGAUUUGUUUAGAAACGGUCCUGUUAACAUACCCAAUUCUUUUUAAAUCCUGUUUGUUGAUAGUCAGCAAAAUAUGUCCCCAGGUUGGCCUCCACUCAACCUUAUCAUUCAGAAAAUAUCUCAGUUGUUGGUUCAAUGUGCGCAAUUCCCAAUCAUAUAGUAAACUGCCUUUUGAAGCUGGUUGAAGGAACAUGUAGUGUAUGUUUAAUUAUCAAGCUCAUAGAAUAAUAGUAAACCAUUUUCUCAAAAUUGUCCAGUGUGCUCUCUAGCUAACUGUAGUUUAUCCUCCAUCUUGUGUAAAGAAUUUGCUUUAGUUGCCCCUAUUUGCACCCACAGGCAGUUUUUCCAUUAACCCAGUCCCACAGAUGAUUUCCCACAGAGGUCAUACUGAUAGCCAUUGUGUGUUUGCUGUGUAUUGCUUCAGUUUAUACAAAAGUUCAUGUUUAUUGGUAUUUGUUUGUUAAUUGUGAUUGCUACACUAGAUCAAAUGGUACUGUUUCUCUCUUUGAUUCUGUUGAAUCUGUCUCCCCAGCAGUAGAAUAUGCACUUUGUGUUUUAUCGUUUGACUGUUGUUUUAUGUUCAUUGAUUCUUCAUCAAGUGUCAUUCUUUUUGUGACCUUCAUUUUUACAUUUCUGACCUUUUAGACGUGACUGCGCAUCCUUGCAGUAUAUGGGGUGGAGAGUCCAUGAAUGAAUACUGUAUAAAAUGUGCCAGGAAGAAGUAAGACACAAACAAAAAAGAACCUGGUACUGUACAUAACAGCCAUUUCAUUGCAGAAAACUAAUUGAAAAUAUUGUAUCAUAGAAUGUACAAAAAAAUGUUUAGAUUAUAUAGUUAUUUUAUAAGAUGUCAAAUAGAUUGAAUAUGUAUGUAUGUAUGUAUGUAUGUAUGUAUGUAUGUAUGUAUGUAUGUUACAUGAUUUUAAAGUAAAACAAACAGAAGUAUUUUGUAACACAUUAUUAAAGUGUCUUAUUGGGGAGCUGAGUUUUUUAUUUUCUUCAAUUCAGCAAGUUGGUGUUGCACAGUUGAUAUUGUAUGGCUUGUUUUUCUCUAUGUAUAUACCAUCAAAAAUAAAAUUGUAACAUAUUAAUAUUGUUUUAAAAUAAAUUAAUUUAAAAAGUUUA